AUGCCUCAAAUCAUGGUCGAGGCAUUUGCAAGAAGUUUAAUUGACAAGAUAAUGCUGGAAGCUUUCGACUCCAUGGAUCCCAGCAACGAAAAGCUACGAAUGCUGGAUAAUCGACAAGAAUCGGAUGGCAUCGAAUCGCAAUCCACACGAUCAACGCUGCAGAUCUACGAUCGCUCGCGUACAGAACCGGAAAGCACAGAGUUGAUCGAGAAAAUGGUGCGCGGUUUACAUAAUCUGCAAAUCGGCGAUUCAACUUUUGUGUCGUCUACUUUGUCCACGUUAGAAAAGCAGGUAAAACACGCCGUAUGCAGUAUCGGCAAUACUUCUCCCGCAAUCUCGACCAUAACGCAUGUCACUCAAGGUCAAGGGGACAUGCAUCAAAUAAUUCACGAUGCAGUAAUCGAGACAACAUCAGAUCCGAGCCGCAACCGUCAAGAAAAAGAACCCGACGUUUCGAUCGAAGAAAGUAGAGUCUCCAUCAACCUGCUUCAUCGAAUGAUCGAAGAACUCGAAACGAAAGUGGAAGAACUCGUCAACGAGAAAGAAGAGCCGAACUCCAGUAAAGAUAAAAUUGCUGUUUGGGAAGAAUCCGAGGAACAGUUCAUAAGAACGAUCGACAACGUCGACGACGCCGAUCGAAACAGCUCCCCAUCCGGAAACAACUUCAGGAGUAGCACGUGUGAACUCGCAUACGAUUUAACAUCAUCGCCCAUAAGCCAUUCGGUACCUUUCCCGAAGAACUUAUCGUUAGAAGACGUGGCGAUCGAAGAAAUCGUAUCCUCUCCUCUUCCCUCCAGCACCUCGCAAUCUCCAAAGACCGCUCGCAGCGAGAGCCAGAAAAAAUCUCGCAAGAACAGCAGCUCGUUAUCGAGGAACCAGAAGAAGAAGAACAUCCUAGGUAGAAUGCGGAAACUGCUGCGCACCAUUUUUGGUCGUCGGAAAAAAUGACUGCAUCGUGAUGUCCUCGACCGAUUACUUUUCGGAACUUAACUUGUAA